GGCUCAGCUACAAACGGCCUCACGCCUUACGAAUUACGAUCUCCCUCUCCUAUAUAUCACCUUCACCUUCACACGCAAACGCUCUUAUACUCGCUACCGUAUAAUUACUCUUUUUCCCCGUCCCCUUCUCCGUUUGGCAGCUCUCUCAUCAUCAGCAUCACGCAUCAUCCCUCAAACCCUAGUCACAGCGAGAAGGCCUUGACCAAUGGCUUCAAAACGAAUCAACAAGGAAUUGAAGGAUCUGCAGAAAGACCCUCCUGCGUCUUGCAGCGCUGGCCCUGUUGCUGAUGACAUGUUCCAUUGGCAAGCUACAAUUAUGGGCCCCUCUGAUAGCCCAUUUGCUGGUGGUGUGUUUCUUGUAUCAAUUCACUUCCCUCCAGAUUAUCCCUUCAAGCCGCCCAAGGUUUCCUUCCGCACUAAGGUUUUUCACCCUAACAUCAAUAGUAACGGCAGUAUCUGCCUUGAUAUCCUCAAAGAGCAGUGGAGCCCUGCCCUCACAAUAUCCAAGGUGCUUCUGUCCAUAUGCUCUCUGCUGACAGAUCCCAACCCAGAUGAUCCUCUGGUACCUGAGAUUGCUCAUAUGUACAAAACUGACAGAGCCAAGUAUGAGGCCACUGCUCGAUCAUGGACCCAGAAAUAUGCCAUGGGCUAAGGUUCUGUGGUUGAUUUGCGAGAUAGAUAUCUAUCUUGCGCAAAUGCCUGCCACCAUAUAUUUAGUAAAUAAAUAGUGUUGAAUUGUGCAUGUAAGCGAAACAAGAAACUCUAGUAUGGUUUGUAUUCUGAAAUUGUUCCUUAAUCUUGCAGAAUCAGCAACAGUUAUUUUAUAGUGACUUGAGUUUAUGGACAAAAGUGUCUAUAUAUGCUACAUAUUAUCCUUCAUCUUUUGCCA